UUGACUGGAUUGACCAUCCAUAUCAGCCAAUGACUGACAAUUUUCUCGGAGCCAAAGGCUCCAGUGUGUUUGAUCUAACAGCGAGAAAGGCAGCACCAUGUGGAUCCAGUACCAUGUCAUUCGCUUAUGAACCUCAUCAAGAGGAUCACAGACAACCUAAGAGGGUGUAUUAUGAGAAUACGUUUCGAAUGGAACCACCUGAAAAAUUUCGACCAGAUAAAGUUUUACCAAUAAUUGAAAGAGUAUUAACAAAACAUUUGGAAGGUGUUAAAUACAGCUCGGGUGAAUGUUCCAGCAUAUCAAAAACUAUAGCUGAUGAAAUUAAAAGCGCUGUGAAGGAUCUGAACUUCGAAAGAUAUAAAAUUAUAUCUCAAGUAACUAUCGGUGAGAAAAAAGACCAAGGGGUCCGAGUUGGAAGUCGUUUUCUAUGGGAUGCCGAUCGGGACAAUUAUGCAUCUUUUUCUUUUGAAAAUCGUUCAAUCUUUGCAACUGGCAUUGUUUUUGCCGUUUACUAUGAAUAGGUCAUAGUCCUUUAUAAAUAAGUUUCAAGUAUGGUGUAUAUUUAAGAAUAAGAAGCAAUAUACUGAAUAAAUAAAUCUAAUUUAAGGAUAAUUUUAUUACAAAUAUACUGAAAUCUUAACAAGUACAAUAUUUGAUUAAUAUCACAGAUACUUUAUUAUUACACAUAAUACCCA